AUGCCCGUGCCCGUCCCAAAAACCACCCCGGUCCCAGACCACUUUAUCCUCCCCGAUCUCGUCUCACACUGCAACUUCCCUCUCGCUUACCAUCCGCAUGGCGACACCGUUGCCGCCGAGUCCGUCCGGUGGCUCGACGAGGGGUGUCCCGAGCUGUCCCCCAAAGCCCGCAAGGCUCUAUACGGACUACAGGCGGGCGAGCUCACCGCGUAUUGCUAUCCGUUCUGCAGCACGGAACGACUGCGGGUCGUGAGCGACUUCAUGAACUACCUCUUCCACCUCGACAAUGUCUCGGACGGGAUGGUACGCAAAGGCACCGAGGAGCUCGCGGAUUGCGUCAUGAACGCACUCUGGUUCCCCGACCGGUACAUGCCCACCACAUGUGAAGGAAAGGACCAGCCGAUGGAAGAAGUCAGCGCAGGGAAGCUCGCCAGAGAUUACUGGACCAGGUGCACGAGGGAUGCAAAGCCCGGGCCGCAGGCUCGCUUCAAGGAGAGCCUAGAGCUCUUCUUCGAAGCCGUUCACCAGCAGGCGAGAGAUCGCGAUAGCAAACUUAUCCCAGAUCUAGAUUCGUACAUCAGCGUCCGGCGUGACACGAGCGGGUGCAAGCCCGUGUUUGACUUGAUUGAAUAUGCGAUGGACAUCGACCUUCCGGAGCAUGUCGUGCGGCAUCCGAUCAUCCAGGCCUUGAGCCAGGGCGCGAACGAUCUCGUUACUGUGCCAACACACAUACAACAGGACAUAUUCUCCUAUAACGUAGAGCAAGCUCGUGGCGAUACUCACAAUAUGAUCGUAAUCCUCAUGGAGUUGCGUGGCUGCGACCUGCAGACGGCGAUCGACUUUGUCGGCGAGCUGUGCAAGCAAACUAUCGAUACCUUCAUGGAGAAUCAGCGGAACGUGCCGUCAUUCGGCCCGAGGCUAGACCGGGACGUUGCGCUAUAUGUUCAAGGGCUGCAAGACUGGAUCGUGGGUUCUCUCCAUUGGAGCUUCAUGAGCGAACGCUACUUCGGCAAAUCUGGGGCGGCGGUCAAGAAACACCGGAUCGUGAAGCUCCUCCCCCGUCGUCCAAAAGCUCUGCGAGUCGGAGCAUAG